AAAAAAAAAGAAAAACCUCCCAGUUGAAAAAAUCUAUUUUGGUUUUUUUUUCUGUCUAUUCCAUCCAAAGAAUACACAAAAAAGAACCAAAAAGAAAAAAUACACAUAAAAGGACAUUGGCCGUGAACUCGAUAAAAAUAAUAUUUUGUUUGCUUAAAGCAAACAAGGAAAUGAACAAUUUUGACAAAAAGUUCUUUAAACAAAAAUAAAUCAAGAACUUCCAAAAUACAAAACAAGAAAAAUUAAAAAGAAAAAUUAUAAAAAUGGACAACCAAGGGACACCGACUAAAAAACAACUAGCAGAUAUGCACGAGAUGUUGCAUAAUCCAAAGGUGGACUAUACGAUUAUUCGUGGAAAGAAUGUCCUCGUUAGUCCCACCGAACAGCAAUAUGAAUUGCUAAGGAAACGUCUUGAGGAACGUACUCUAGACAGCCGAGGAGAAACUAUUUAUGAGAUUGGUGUUGGUGAAGAUGGAAGCGACAGUGGACUUGACGAAGAAGAAUAUUCAGCUUCUGUUGCCACUUUACAAUCUCUUGCAACAACUAUUGACGCCGAUAUGGUUCUAUUAAGACAAAGAAAAGGUGAGAAAGGUCUAACUGGGCAAUAUUUGAUAAGAAAACGAGUUGACACAUCGGACUUUAUGGAAAUCCGAGUCGCAGUUGUUGGUAAUGUGGAUGCAGGAAAAUCCACUUUGCUGGGAGUUCUGACACAUGGGGAAUUGGAUAAUGGACGUGGUCAUGCCAGACAGAGGCUAUUCCGUCACAAACACGAAAUGGAAAGCGGACGAACUAGUUCCGUUGGAAAUGAUAUUUUAGGAUUUGAUAGCAUAGGAAACGUGGUAAACAAACCCGAUCAUGGAACUCUUGACUGGGUUAAGAUCUGUGAGAAGUCAGCCAAGGUAAUUACAUUCAUCGAUUUGGCAGGCCAUGAGCGCUAUCUUAAGACCACUGUCUUUGGAAUGACUGGACAUGCUCCAGAUUUUGGAAUGCUGAUGAUUGGAGCAAAUGCUGGUAUUGUUGGAAUGACAAAGGAACAUCUUGGCCUCGCAUUAGCUCUCUCCGUUCCUGUUUUUGUUGUUGUGACCAAAAUCGAUAUGUGUCCUCCAAAUGUUCUACAAGAUAAUCUUAAGUUACUUUUUAAGAUCCUAAAAUCACAAGGUUGUCGAAAAGUUCCGGUUAUGGUAAAGACUCCAGACGAAGUUGUCCUGAGUGCAACAAAUUUUGUCUCUGAAAGGCUAUGUCCCAUAUUUUUGGUCUCCAAUGUAUCUGGAGAAAAUCUUCAUCUGCUAAAGAUGUUUUUGAACUUGUUGAGCACACGAAUGGCUGGUCAGGAUGAUCAACCAGCUGAAUUCCAAAUCGAUGAUACAUACUCUGUGCCAGGAGUGGGAACUGUAGUCUCUGGUACUUGUCUACAGGGAGUAAUUAAGUUGAACGAUGUCUUAAUGUUGGGACCAGAUCCACUUGGGCAGUUUAUACCCAUUGCCAUUAAGAGUAUCCACCGAAAGAGGAUGAAUGUGAAAGAAGUGCGAGGUGGUCAGACGGCUAGUUUUUCGCUAAAGAAAAUCAAACGAUCUCAAAUAAGAAAAGGAAUGGUUAUGGUUAGUCCGGAAUUGAAGCCACAUGCAUGUUGGGAAUUUGAGGGAGAGAUUUUGGUUCUACACCAUCCUACAACGAUAUCAUCGCGCUACCAAGCAAUGGUCCAUUGUGGUAGCAUCAGACAGACAGCCUCCAUUCUGACAAUGUCCAAGGAGUGUCUCCGAACAGGAGAUAAGGCUCAUGUGAAAUUCCGAUUCAUCAAGCAUCCGGAGUACAUUCGACCGGGCCAGCGAAUGGUCUUCCGAGAAGGUCGAACAAAAGCAGUUGGAAAUGUUUUAAAACCGAUUACCAAUUCAGUACCAGUCCAGCACCGACCAAAGCCGAAUAAAAUGCAAGCACGUGGCCAGCAGAAUCAGAAUCCAAAUGUGCAGGCUGCUGCAGCAUCUAAAGAUCAUCAUCAGCAACAUCAACAGCAAUCUGAUCAUAAGCAGAAUUUGGAUGGCGUUUUGGAGGUCAGUGUAGACAAAAGAGACUUUUCCAGUUCGAAUGUGCGUGGUGGGAAGCGAACAAAACGACCAACCGGGUCACAAGGAGGCGGUGGAGGAGGAGGAGGAGGAGUUUCGUCUAAUUCAGCAUCAGCUACGACGACACCGUCACAAAAUACGUCACAAAAUCAAUCAACUUCACAUAUCUCUGCCAAGGUGCAGUAAG